ACUUAUGUUUUCAGAAGCAUUAUUUUUGAUUUGUGUUGUCAUAGAAACGCUAUCUUGAUGACAGACCACUGUGUAGAAAAAAUAGUUCAACAUGUUAGAAAAACAAUGUUGAGUUUAUGAGAAGAAAGUUGGAGUUUUAUUUAAUUUGCAAAAGUAAUUUGUAAUAAGUUUAUUUUGUUUACUUCUUAAAUGUUUUAUAAGAUAUUUUACAUCGUCUCUAUAACCUUGUCUUCAGCGGACUUUUCCACUUCGUGUGUUUCAAGGGAAAGUUUUAUUGAUCAGAUGUUUUAAUGUUGUCAUGAUGUUUUGAAUAUUCUGAUCUUAAUAUGUUACUUUUUUACUUAUUUUUUUAUUUCAUAUAUUUUUAUUAUAGACAAUAUUUAUUAAAAAAGGUUCUACUGACUAAUAAUUUAUUUCAGGAAGAUAAUUUUGGAAUUCAUCAAUAGUUUUGAUAGUGCGCCCAAAACAUGCAGAAUGGGUUUCACUAAUUGUUUUCUCUAAAAAUUUUCUUAAUAGAAUAAUAUUUGCACGAUUUACCAAAGAAGUCAAUUAUCGCAGACUGACUUGCAACCAACUUGUACUUAGGAGCUGCGACCAUCUUGUAGUUAGCUGCAGAAGGUGCUGAAAGAUUUGACGUUAAUUUAAUUGAGAACUUGCUGUGCAAGCGAAUUAAGAGGUGAAGAGAUGAAUUUGGAAGAAAUUAUUAAAGAGUACGACAAAUUGAAAUUUGAGUCGACGAAUGACAGAAAAAACGAACUGAACAAGAAAAAGUCAUUCCCACACAUCGUUUCAAAAGAGUCUUUCGAGCAAAUGAUUAUGAGUGCUGAUCCCGAUGCCGUAAACGACAACAGAAUAACGACGAUUUUACCUGCCGACUCAUCGGUGACGAAUUCACCUGAAGUUUCGACGCCCAAAUUUCAACAAACCAGUGUUAUCACCUCCAGUAGCUCCGUCAGAAAAAAAUCAUCCGAACAACGAAGAAGAUCAAUUCACCGUCAACGAAAUAUUGAUGACUCAGCAAAUAUUGAACUUCCUAAAAAUUCCGUUAUAACUGAAGAAAGAUUCUCACAUAUGAGAAAAGAUCACGUGACACAUGCAAAUAGGUAUGAAGCUCCGCAGUAUCGUGCAUAUAGUCCAGUUCCUGAAAAAUCACACAUCAUGCUUAAAAGCAGGAGCCUUGAUGUGCACCCUGGGAUGCAUAAAAGUAAAAGUCUAGAUAUCGAUCAUGAUUUAUAUCAAGAGUAUGCACCCAGGGCUUCCAGCUUUCCCCUGGGAUUCACGAAAGCUUUAAGUUUCAAUGAAGAUCAAGGAACACACAUUUCUUAUUUGUACAAAGAUUCGCAUGGUAGUUUGCAGAACAGCUCACGUGAAAGCUUUUCGGACAGUCCGAACAGCACACUUAAUAACAGCCCAAUCAGUAGUUCACAAACAAGUCCGUUACGACGACUACAAGAAACCCAGGGUGGAGUUAUACCAGACGGCACAAAUAUGCAAAACAAAAGCCGUAUUGCACUUCCUCCAGGACGUUAUUCUAAUAAUCAGCAAAUGUUGCAAUAUAAAUAUUCUCAAAGGAAAGCUUACUCGCUUAACACAGCUCCUUAUGAUGUGGUACAUCGAGACAAAAGUUUAAGACGCAUAUUUUCUGAGGAAAUAGUUCCCGAAUACCCACUAUCUGAUCAGGAAAGGAAAACGAAACUACCAACACAGCACAUGCGGCGUGCGGCUAGUUACGACCUUGGAACCUACCUGAGGUACAAAAAAAAUAUAUCAGGUUCGGACGUAUCGAUAGGAAAUUAUCAGACAGAGGCUAAAGUAAAAGCUUCCACGAAAAUAAUUUUUCCCGAACACGAUAACGUAAAGGAUUACAAGAAUAUCUUUGUAAAACCGAUUGAAGAUGAAGCUAUGAAUGCGAUGAACAUUCAUCAAAUGAUGGAGAAAUCAAACUUGUUUAAUGCGAAAUUUGACGUGGGAAAUUAUUUCCCGAAUACGACUAAAAAUUUUAACGAUGAAGAAAAAUUGAAAAAGAAGGGCGAGCAAAUGAAGACAAAAAUAAAAACACAACAACCGCAACAGGACGGAUUUACGAUCGGGCCAUAUCACUACGACCCUCAGACAGACGACGAAGUGGCUGUUUAUGUCAGCGGUUUGUUGACUUUACCUGGAUCCAACGAAAGGAGGUAUCCAAUCACAGUAGGCGAAUUGAGACGUCGUAUCGCGCCACCGGAAUUUCUAAAUAAGGUGGACAUGAUUAGCUAUGUCCGACUUGCUAAGACCUCAGCACGUGAGUUACUAGAAAAGCAUGCUAUUCGGCCGAAACAUCACAGUCGAAAAUCGAAACACAGCGUAAUAUCGAAAAUGUGUGAAGCGGAGUGCACUGAGUUGGCGAAUGGUAUAAAAGCUUUGAGUGACGCAUAUUUUCCGAAAGAAUGGCUUGCAUCUAAAGCUGUCGCGGAAAUUAAAGCUAAAAGCAGGGAGGAGAGCAGGGAGGAGAGAGAUGUCAGGCUACAAAAACAAAAGGAAAAGAUUGAAUCAGCCAGGACGGUGUUGAGUGAGUUAACUUCAUUAUUGGAGGAAAACAAGAGUGAGAAGGAGAUGCAGAACUAUUCUCUCGCAACACAUUCAUAUGGCAUGCAAAGUUUAACAAACAAUAUCGACCUAAUUUCCAAUCUCUUGCAAUCUCAAAUAGAUAACAUUGAUAAACGUGUAAACACGUCGAACGAGUUGAAAACAGAAGAGGAUUUUGGGAACGACGCUGCACCAAUGGAAACGGACCAGGUGACUUCUAAUAGUCCUCCAACGCAGGCAAAGACGUAAAUCUUCUCCAAUGUGCAGAAAGAUUUUGUAUUUUAGUUACAAAAAUCAUCUGCAUUCGUUUUACUCUACUUGGCUUAGAAUAUUUGCCAUUGAACAAAAAGGAUAAUGUCAAAUUCUAAAUGAAAUAAAAAAUAAAAAUAAAAUAACAAAGAUACUGAAGGAGGAGACACUGACACACAUAACACUCCUCCACAGAUAUUCUUAAUAACAAUUGUAAAUAUCAAUAUCAUCAUUGACACAUUUUCAUGCACAGUUUACAUGAAUUCACAAUUUUAGGGAAUUAUUUAUAGAUAAGAUUAUUUAUAACUUUUAAUUUGUACCAUGUCGAACUAUCUUUCAAAAGAAAGAAAAAAACGAUUAACUUCGUAA